AUGUCGGCCGAAGCGGCCUCCAGGACCCCCAUGUCAGAUGAAGCGGCCUCCAGGACCCCCAUGUCGGCCGAGACUGCUUCCAGGACCCCUAUGUUGGCCGAAGCGGCCUCCAGGACCCCCAUGUCGGCCGAAGCGGUCUCUAGGACCCCCAUGCCGGCCGCAACGGUUCCCAGGACCACCAUGCCGUCUGCAACGGUUCCUAGGACCCCCAUGCCGGUCAAGCGGCCUCCAGGACCCCCAUGUCGGCCGAAGCGGUUCCCAGGACCCCCAUGUCGGCCGAAGCAGCCUCCAGGACAUCCUUCUUUGUGUGAACACCCCAUAGGAAACUUGAACGCUGCAGAACAUUACCAGGUCAUAGAUGAUGGAGGAAUGUAUGUGUGUGUGACUCGGUGUCACAAACAGUAUCCUGGUGGUCCGAAAACCUGCAAAAACAAGGGAAAGUGCAAAGUGUACAUUGGCCUGGGAGUCGUGUGCGAGUGUCAAAAUGUAAACUCUACGUGGUACUUGGGCCAUGACUGCCACCUGCCCAUACAGAAAACUGCAUUUUUUGCAGGACUCAGUGUGACCCUAGCUGUCUUCAUAGUGAUGAUUGGAGCCCUGACUGCAAACACAUUCAUCAACAAGCACAAUCAGAAAAAGAAAAAGGACAUAAAAGAAAACCUGGUGAACCAGUGGAUGAAUGAAGAUUAUCAAUGGUCCCGGAACAAUACCCAGGGCAAUGGAUUUAAAGGCAAUUUCAUCAACCCAGCAUUCCCAGAGAAAGAUCCUACCAUCUACAUUGGGAAUUCAUUCCAGCAACACUUCGGCCACUCAGCAGGCUCGUUCCCUCACCCACAAAGCCUGGACAAAUAUGAUAUGGCAUUCACUAAUCCUGGAUACCCCCAGCUCCCAACCCAGAGAGACUUCUCAGACAACCUGCCGAUGAGGACCGUCAGACCUCAGAUCAGGACCUCCUGGGACAUUUGAGCUCAGAUCAGGACUCCCUGGAGCUUCUGAGCAGUGCAUUUCUUGCCCCUGCUCUUCAAAUAUAUUUAUUUUCUAUAACAGUGUUGAUUUGCGUCUUCGCUC